AUGGAAAAUCAAAGAAUAAUAUCAACUGAUAAAGGAUCAACAACAACAGCAACUAAAAGAACCAUAGAAUCAGCAGAACAACUAACUCCCACAUCACCGGAAAUGUCAAUGGUAAAAACAAAAAAAUCAGCAAUAGAGGAGGCUGCAGCAAGAUUAAGGUUACCACUUUCUUCAAAUAACUCUAAUAAAAAAUUUAAAAAAACUCAGCAACAACUAAAUCAACCUGGCAACAAUGAAGACGACGAGGAGGAAGUUGACGAGAGUCAAUUAAGAUGCGAAAAAAUUCAAUCGGAUAUAGAUUUGGCACGCAAAGAUCAACAAUCAGAUUAUGACCAAUUUCGUAACCAAUAUUCCUCAUUACAUGAUGAUCUACGUUAUUUACAACGUGAAAUUGAAGAGUUCGAAUCAAAUUGUCUAAAUGGAAAUCACAAAUUAAAUAACAAUGAGGAAUGUUUUGGUUAUCAAUCUGAACCAACCUCGGUAGUAACCGGUUCAUUAAUGGCCGCUGUUUCUAUGUCUGACGACAACGACGACGAUAGUGACAGUGAAGGUGAAGGAGAUAAAAAUAUUAUUAGAAAUAAAAUCUGCAAAACUGUUAAAAUUAAGACUGGUCCUCGUCAUAUAAUUUCUACUCCUUCUGCUGCAACAGCUGCUCCAUGA